AUGUUGCGUUCCACUGGUUGUUUUCGUUCGGUCAUCUGUCCCUUCUCCGGCCGUGGCUCCUGUCAGCGGCGUUAUUGUCAUUUUAAACAUGAAGGGCCAACGGCUGAGAUAGUCUUAAGGCCGCAGGGUUCUGGGAAGAUUCUCAGCUGUGAUGCUUCAGAGUCUACACCUCUUAAUCCUUUGGAAAAGAAGUGCGAUCAGCCAGUGUUACUGGAAGCGGCAUGCACAGUACUAGAGUUAGAAAAGGUUAGCAAAGCAAUUGAGGUAGUCAAGACUGAGGUAGAACAGCAACAGCAAAAGUUAAUGAUGUACAAGUCUACCUUGAAAUGUCAACAUUACAACUCUCAAACUCCAACCAGUAGCACAACGAGCUGUGGAUCUUUGAAUAUCGGUGCAAUAAAUACUUUAAUACCCACAACAACAAACUCUACCUCUGCAUUUGUACGUGAAAUACAAGAUAUUCACUUAAAUAGUGAGGCAUGUAAUCCAGUAAUGGUACCUAACUGUUCUUUAAAUGCACGUAGAGUUGAUUCCUUAACUGAAGCUACUAAAAUGGAUAUAAUCCAGGAGAUGCCCACGACUAGUUCAAAGAAUAUUGACUCAGUUUUGAAUAAAUACGUGAUUGAUUGUAAAAAGCCAUGUACUGAUUUAGAAUAUGAUCCAUUGGUAAACUAUUCAUCCAAUAUGAAGCAGAAUCCGAAGAAAGAUUACAUUGAGGAAAAACAGGAAUUUAAGAUGGUUGAACAAAGUCCUGAAACGAAAUUCUCUCUGGCAACCCAAACAGCAAGGCAUUGUCAGCCCUUUGAAGAAGAGUUGAGCUCUGAUGAUGAACUUGUCAUUGAUGUGCCAGAGUUGCCUCCACUCACUCAAAAUCCUCCAGUCCACAGAAGUUGUGAAAUGAAAGGAAAUGAUACCAAUGUUUUAACUCUCGGCUUAAUCCGUAAAGUACGGCAACCAAGAAUUGCUCAGUCCGCUGACUUCUUGUUGGAUGCGGGAAGAUUGGACAAUUCAUUUGCUAGAAACUUCAUGGCAGAAAAUAGCAGCAAGAGGGAACUGAAAACUGGUAGUUUGCAAAGAGAAAUUUGUGACUUAAUUGAGAGUAACAAAGUGUCCAAUGUAACACAUGAUCAGAUAGAUAUGGUUGGUAAACACCUUGAUGUUUCAAAGCAUAGUUCCAAAACCAAAGUAAUGGAAGGACCAUUGAAACCAGAUCUGGUUGAAGGAGAUUCUGUUCCUCUUGUCAAUGCUGAUGGUGCUAAAUUGUCAAAUCAGAAAGGUAGAAGUUUGUGUGAAUCUCUAAAAUUAAAAGUGAAUGUGCAAAAAUAUGAAACUGAAGAGCAAAAUUCAAUCAAUUUGAACAGUUUGAAAAGAUUGAGUGACAAAGCACCUCUGUUUGAAAGCAAUAUUGCAUCACUCAAACUUGAGAAACAUGGGCCACCCUCUGCAAUAACACAUGAUAGACCAGAGACUGCAAACAAUAGCAGAUGCACCAAUAAAUUGGAAACUAGGCAGAGUACUGACCAACAAAGACCAAAGGCGCACAGCCAAGAUGACCAUUUUGGUAAUGAAAAGCAGGCUGAAAGUCUUCAAAUGACAAGUGAUAAGGAUGAAGAAUCCUCACUUUCUGAUGAAGAUUUGAGUUCUUUAGUUUCAGACGAGUUGGACUUCUCUGAAUCGGACCCAAUGGAAGAGUGCUUGAGGAUUUUUAAUGAAUCUGCAAAACAGGAAACUAAAGAGAGCGAGAUGGAUGCUGAACAGAAUGCUCUUUCAAAAACCUAUGAAAAUAUUCAAGAUUCUGGGAUUGCGGGAAGCACCAGCACAAAACAAAAGAGAAGGAUUGCACAUGUUGCAAAAUUUAAGGGGAAAUCCAGCUUUAACAGGAUAAUUGUUCCUCAAGCUCUACCACUGCCAAAACAGUUGUGUCACAAUCGGAUUAAAAUGGUCCAGCAACAGGCUGUGCAAUUGAUGGCAAACGUGAAAAGUGCUCAAGUUUAUAAAGCUACAGUUUCUAAACCUUCGGGCCAGAAGAGGCUGAUUACAAAAGGAUCAAAACCACAACCAAUCAGUGCUGCGAGAGCAGGGCAAAGGAAGGGAGUGACACCAAAUGUUACUUUGAUACAGUGGAUUGAAUGUUUUUGUUACUUGUCACUGACUGUGGGACUGCCUCUAGUUUCUCAGAGUUCCUUCAGGAAAGGUCCCAGUUCACACUCUAGUUCUAGCUGUAAUGUGUCAUCAAAAGAACAGAUCGUCUCGAGCAGCACUUCCAAAACCCCCCACACUGUUUCUCCAUUGGGAUCCACCAGCCAGGUUCCUGCUCCACAGAGAGCUAAUUCAAAGCGUGGAGCCAAAGUGUCCAACAAUGUGCGGAAACAGUAUCUUGGCUUUUUUAUUGAAGAGUUUUUGAAGACCUGCUCAUCACGGCAAGCAGCAGUUAAAAAGGCUUUGUCUGAAGAAAAGGUUAUUUUUGAACGUAGCACAAGCAAGUUCAUGUAUUUGAAUGUAGCUGUGCAGGCACUGAAGAUCCUGAAGAAUCCGACAAAUCAAGCACCAGUGACUUCAGAUGCUCACCAGUCCACCAAAAAGAAGAGACUUUCAUCGGGAACAACUCUAGAAGGUGCUGCACUUUAUAGUGUUCUCAAGAGCUAUGUCUUAACUGAAGGACAGUUGAAGGAAAAUGGAUAUCCUCAACGUGACCCUGAAAACCCAGGAAUUGCCCUACUCUUCAAUGGCGAAGCAAAUAAAUACAUUGCUGACUCAUUGAUCCAGGUUUGUUGUCGUUGUGGGAGGCCAUUCUCUGUAACACCUGAUGGGAGUUAUAUCUCCAAGGAAGAAUGUAGUCACCACUGGGGUAGGACAAUAAAACGGCAAGUGCCUGGUGGAUGGGAUGCUCGCUACAGUUGCUGUGGAGGAUCCUUAGGCUCUGAUGGAUGCCAGCUUGCGAAGUUGCAUGUCUACAAUCGAAAAGAGAACCUUAAUGGCUUUGUGAAGACUCCCCUUAAACUGCUCCCACUUGAUGGGAAUCCUGGUGUUUAUGCAGUGAACUCUGAAUUGUGCUACACUAAGCAAGGAGGUGCACUUUCUCGUGUAAGUGUGAUCAAUGCCAAUCUUGAAGUAGUUUAUGAUGUGUUUGUUAAACCUGACAAUGAAGUGAUUGAUUUCAACACCAGGUUUUCUGGUGUAACUCGAGAGGAUGUGAUGAAUGCAAAAACAUCUCUUGCUGAUGUUCAGUUGGCAUUACUGGCCAUGCUCAGUGCUGACACCAUAUUGAUCGGCCAUAGUUUGGACAAAGACUUGCUUGCGCUGAAGCUUAUCCACAGUAUGGUUAUUGACGUAUCAGUCGUGUUUCCGCAUUCCUUAGGGUUACCCCACAAACGGGCCCUCAGGAAUUUAAUAGCAGAAUACCUCGGCCAUACCAUCCCAGACAAUGUGGAGGGUUCUGAUAAAGCAUCUGCAUGCAUGGAGCUCAUGAAGUGGAGAGUGAAGGAGGAUGCGAAAGGCAGGAAGUGGUGAGACUUGAUUGGGAAAAACAGUAAGAAUACUUCAGGACCUUCCAAGUUGUGGUAUCCAAGUGGAUGAUAUACUGAAUGCAUUCACUGCCUCAUCUAAUUGAAUAAAUAGUAUCAUCUUUAACGUCAUGUUUGUUUGUGGUGAGAGUUGCUGAUAAGGGAGUGGGUCCAGAAUAUAAUAUAAACUGGGCUCAUGAAAAUUUGUUGGAAUUUAAAACACUUUGAGCUAAAAGGAAGCCAAUAAAUCUCAUGUUUGAGACUUAGUUAAUUUCGAAGGAGGAGUUUGAAUUACUUAUGCACUGAUAUUUAAUUGUGGUGUACUAUAUGCUAACAAUCCAGCAAUAUAAUUUCUGUAAUAAUGAAGCUGUAAUUGAACACUUAUUUAAAUGUGUGUUUGGAAAUAAUUCAUAAUCUGUGGUUUACAUGUAUUUUCUGAAGACUUUUGAUAAAUGUGGCUGCUUUGUGAUUUCCACUUCUCUAUAGAUAGUGAGGGCCUAUGCUGGGGUAUUUUGAGUAACUCUUCAAACUAAUUAACUUCUUUUGGUAGAAAUCCUCGGGGCUAGUCUCGCAAAAAGAGACAAUUACUGUGGUCUUUUUGUCAAAUUGCAGUAUCUGCGAGAAAAUUAUCAUGUUUGAAUGUGAAUAUAGUACCAAGCCUAGUAAGACUGAAGAAAAACAUUUCAUAAAAAUGAAAAGUACUUUGUAAAUGUAAUUAACCAUCUCAUUGCCUACAUGACACGUUGGUCUAGAAUAUCAGUUUUUCUACCUUUUCCCAGUCCUCAACCUAUGCACUUAACUACACUGUUAGGUUUACAUGUCUCUGGGUACUUCCUGGCAAAGAUGAUCCAUUCAAACUUAUUAAAGCAGUUUGAUAUUUUGCUUUUUAAAAUAUUUUCCAGGAACAGUUUGCCUGUUUUUUAUUUUGUAGCUGUUCAAUCAAUUAGAGAAGCUGUUGCAAUACCCUUCCUAUCCACUGAGCUGCAUUGAUGAGCAGUAACUUCAAAUUUCUACACACUGAUCCUUCUGCUCCACAAUUCUCACCACUUCGACGAUAAUACCUUAAUUUCUUUAACUGCAGCAGACCAGAUUUUCUGAUGGGCAUGAGUGAGGCUAUAAAUACUCGUGGCCAUUAAGGUGUAAAUGGAUAGCUGUUUGUCAUGUAAGCAUAUGGAAGAGGAUUCUGACUUUCACUGCUGCUCUGUGAGCUUCAACAAGAGACUACAUAAUUAAAAUGGGAGAAAUUGUGGUGUUAAUUUUUUUCAUUAUCCAAUAAAGAUGUCAAAAAAUUCAACUCCUGUGUAAAUUUUGAGAAAUACACCACGUCUGAAUUACUGCCCAUUAACCCCUCUGGCACUGCAAAUGUGUAUGUGUCUCAUUCUAUGGAUUUUAAUUAUUGUUGGAAAAAUAGUUAAU